AAAAAAGACUGAGGGAGCUAAGAGAGCACUUGGGAAAGCCCUGUGCAGAAGAUUUGUGUAAAUAAAACCUUUCUUGCAACUGAUGGGUCUCAGUGUUACCAAAGAUCUUCUGUUUUCUAGAUAAUUGUGUGAUUCUACUUGUGGUUUGGGACUGGCAUUCUCAUUUGUGUUUUGGUUUUUUUUGAUUAGAAGGUAUCUGAUCAGCAGACAUGGUUGAACUCGUGAUAAGUCAUUGACGAUAAUCAUCUUUGUCUGUAAAUUAUUUUCUUUUCCUUAUUAUACCAAGGAGAGAUCCUCAUCUUUCCUGUUUGCUAAAACACGUGAAUGUUGCUUAACAAAUUGACAUUGCUUUGUUCUGUAAAGGAAGGGGUUUGUAAUGAAAUAGUUAUUGAAUUAAGCAGUGCUUCUUACAUAUCUUGGUAUGUCUUUGAUCUGCUUUCAGUAUUUUUUUUUUGUGUGGUGCUGAUAAUAAACUGGGAAAUCAAAGAAUUUUUUAAUCUCUUGGAACCACUUAAAAGGCAUAUUUCUCUCUUCUAAACUCUAAUGUGGUGUAAUCUUUUGUAGGUAUUGAAUUUGUAUAAUUAAUAAGUUUUCUGUGCCUCCCUCUUGGUUCAUUCAGUUGAGGUCUUUGUACACAUGUCCAUCAUGCUUGAGCCUCCUUGAGGGAAGGCAUGAGGUGUGGUCCUGGAAAACUGCCAGCAAGGAAUCCCUGUGUCUCAUGUGGCAAAAAGUGAAAGUGCAGCUAAUGUUAAGCAUGUCCUUCCUCACCGCUCUUUUUUGGUAUUGUAGAAGGCUAUACAGCUUUUUAGCACAGCUGCUGAAACGGUGGAGCAACUACCUUCAGAGGCAACUCAUAAGGAAUCUCAGUGUGCUGCCAGAAGUUGAUCUACUUGGUUACAGUGCAAGAGAAUGGAAAGGAGAAACAAAGCAGGCCAAACAGAUGAGGGAGGCAUAUGAAGAAUUGUUUAGGAGCUGUCAUAUCAAAUACCUGAGACAAGUCAGGAGGGACAACUACAGUGUAAUAAGAGCAGUGCUUUUUCAGAUAUUCAGCCAAGGCAUUCCUUUUCCUUCGUGGAUGAAGGAAAGAGAUAUAUUGAAGCUCCCUGAAAAGCUUUUGUAUUCUCAAGGUUGUAACUGGAUUCAGCAAUACAGUUUUGGGCCAGAAAGAUACACGGGUCCCAAUGCCUUUGGGAAAUUGCGCAAAUGUAUGGAGGCCUUAAAGACAAACUGGGCUGAAAUAAGUGCUACAAGAGAUCAUGAAGAAAGAGGAAGCAUGUGUAAUACACUAUUUUCUGAUGAAAGCAAGGAAUACAAACUAUAUGAGGCCAUAAAAUUCAUCAUGCUCUAUGAAGUUGUUGAAGCCCAUGAGCAGAUAAAGAGCAGGGAUCAACCCAUACACAACCUUUUUAGCCUUCUCUUUGCUCGUGACUCUUCGUCUGACCCUCUGAGUUUCAUGAUGAAUCAUCUGAACUCCAUAGGGGACUCUAUUUGCUUAGACCAGGUUGAACUGUUUCUUCUUGGAUACUUACUUGAAGUAAAGAUACGAGUUUACAGACUGCAUAGGUUUAAUACAGAGGAAUUUCAAGUAAAUUAUCCGGAUGAAUACCGAAGGGAAUGGAAUGAGAUUUCUCUCCUGACUGAGGAUGACCACUACUAUCACAUCCCCCUUUUCAGAACGUGAAGGACCAGUGGUUUUUUUUUUCCUUUGUAUAGUAUAGUGAACGACCAGUUCCAGUGAAUUAGGUUUCUAAUCAGGAGCAGUAAAAUCUUAAGAAUGCUCAUUAAUGAUUACAAAAUGGUUUAUGGGUUUAUUGUGUAAACAUUUUGCUUUCCCAUUGCAGCUCAGUUCACCAUCAGUCAGCCAUAAAAAAACAUAAAAUAUAUUGUUAUACUGCCUGGGGCAAAAAAACAUGAUGUCUGAGGGUUGUCAGCCAAAAAAAAAAUUGGACUGCCUGACAACGGAGGCCAAGGUUAUGCUGGGUUUUCCAUUGCUAGCCCGAGGGUUUAUUCUGACAUCCAUGGAUGGGUUAAACUCAAGUGCCUAAAGCAAUGACUGCCUUUCCCUACUCCUGUCUGUCUCUAGCUAGGGAGGAUGACUCACAGAGGAAGGAAAUCCCAGGGUCCCACAGUUUAUAUUCCAUGCUAUUUAACUUGCAUUGACUUGAGAUGGGAGGAUAUAAACUGGAGCCUCUGCAUGGCUGCCUGAAAUCCACUUGGCUUCCCUUGUUGCCGGAGCACCUCUCUCCAGGGAUGGGCAGAGCAAGCAGCAGCAGGUUGCACUUAACUUCAGACGUGGGAAAUGGAGCUGUCUGUACCCUGUGGUGCUCCCUGAAGGGGAAGAACUGUUACACAGGGGGAAGAAUCAGCACAGAGAAAUACUGUGCCAGAUGAGUGGAAGAUCUCCUGUGUGAGUAAAGUACAUCGCUUUCUCCAAGGUAAAAAGGGCAACAUUAGUAGGUAACACCCAGCAGAGUCACAGCCAGUGGCUGCAUAUGGCUUUGGGCAACUUGUUAUCCUCUAAGGGCUGAUUUCAGCAUUACCUGCCAAGAUUUCCUUUGCAAUUCAUUUGAGAAAGCUGUGCAUGGACUACAGGCCAAAACACUGCAUUUUCAGAAAAUAUUAAUUUUUUAUGCAUUAUAUGAAUUCAGCAGUGUUGCAUAUAUGUUUUAUCCUCUGGUUAUGUGUUAUUCUCCUUGCCUAAGAUUGCAGUCUUUAAUUUAGACCUCUGGGUUUGAAGAAGUCUGUCCAGGACAAGUAAAUGAGGUUUACCUUCCUACAUGGAACAUUUUGCUCAGUUCUGUUUUCUAAAAGAAUAAAUGUGUUUUGAUUAUUUCAAAAAAAGGGUAAGAGAGAUCUAAUACUUGAAGAAGUAUUAGAUCUCUCAAAAUAUUUGUGAAAAGCUUACAGUGCCAUAGGCUAAUGGUUGUAUUGAAGAGAUUUAUUAAGAAACAAAGCCUCUUAUCCUGGAGAUAUAGAGGGACAGGCAGGUUUGUUUUAUUAAACCUGCAGGAUAAAAUGCAAGCCAGUAGCAGAAAUAGGAACAGGGCCUGCAGGAGCCAAAGCAGUUGCAUGAAGUAUCUUCAUGGUAAUGCUUGGAGUCAGUGGCAUGUGCUCAGUUCCUUUGUGUAAAGAAAAGCUAUGUUAUCCCUUAUGCUCCUUUUAUUUGUGUGUAUAUAUAUAUAUAUAUAUUUAUAAAUACAAACACUUGAGUUCUCUAUUGUAGCUGUUUUGUUUUCUGAAAGUUUGAGUUCAGUUUUGUUGAAUAAUUUGUAGAUUUUAAAUAAGAAGACUUGAUAGCUGUAAUAAUUUCAUCUCAUCAAAACCUGCAUAGCAAGUACUUUUAUUUAUUGAUAAAAGAAAGUUUUUUCACGGAAUGAAAUAAUUUUCUUGUUUUAGAUUUGGUUCUGCUCUGCAUGGGGAAAAGUUAUAAUACUUAAGUGUAAGGUAUUGUUAUCUAUUUUGCAUCAACAGUAACAUUGACAGUUAUCAAUAAACUUGUUUAUAUUUUAUUCUUGUUUUGGAACAAACAGACAUACCAUAAAUAAGUAUGUAUUUUUGUAGUGGGCUUUUUAAUGAUUUGCAUAUUAUUUGUGUUUAGGAAUUCAAAAGCCUUCCAGCUGAAAGUGAUAAAUUGUGAAAAUGUACAUUUUUGUGAUCUUGAGCAUAUUAAUACCAAGGAAUUAAUAAAAAUCUAAAACAGACAGUGGAA